AUGGCCGCCGGCGAAGGCGUGCGUUGCCGCGCGGCGCGUGCUUGCAAGAGGUGUCAUGUUAAGAGAAUCAAGUGCGAUGCCAUUGAGGGCGGUAUGCCCUGCACCGGAUGUCAACAGGCCGAGAAUAGUGAAUGCAGCUUGAUGCCUUCGAACAAGGGUACCUACAUUCGAGCAGGAUCCCGACGGGCGAGGCAUCAACAAGCGGAAAGGGUGCGUUCUUGCAUUCCUUGCAGUACGGCUGUGCCUCGAGAUACAGAUUACCAACGAUUUGUCGCGGCCGAAGCAACGACCGAAGCAACGACCGAAGAACAGUAUGCAGACCACCAACCUUCACGGAAUCCCGACCCAGUGCCAGGGACUAUGGUAUCGAGAGGAAUCAAUCGUGGUGGCAGAGGUCUCAACUCUGCCGCAUCGCCACUGGACCGCCGUGCCACCUCGCCCGCAUCUGGCGACGAUGCCACCAACUCUCCGGUAUUGGACCUCGCGACGACACGUCCGGAAUCAUCUCAUCGGGAACCUUCCUGGACCACGAUGUUUGACGGGCUCUUUGACAAUCUUUCACAUAACCAGAAGGCCGCUCUCGACAAAUGCUCCAUCACCUAUCUAGGCGAGUCAUUCCCAUUAGGCAUGGUUCUUGAAGAGGUGAAUGAAGGCGGAAGAACGCGCCUGCAUCAUCCCGGACCGCCUGUUUCCGAGUCCUCGGUGGUAGAAGAGCCAUCGGGACAGCGAUAUCCCUCGCAUAUGCGGCCAGAAGAUAUCGCGUACCUCAAAGCAAAGGGUGCAUUCACGUUCCCUGAUGCUGAUAUGCUCGAUGCAUUGGUAACGACGUACUUGGGACGAGUGUAUCCCCUGUAUCCAAUAGUCAAUCGACAAGAAUUUAUUCGACAGUAUGAGGCCGAUGAGGUCCCGGCCAUGCUAUUGCAUGCUGUCUGCUCAAUUGCUGCGACAUUUUGCGACCUCGCCCUCAUCCACCGUGCCGGAUUUCUUUCACGGCUUGACGCAAGGUUAGCAUCCUACCGCAAAGCCAAAGCGCUUUUUGAAGUUGGGUACGAGACCGACAAGAUUGUGCAGCUACAGAGUGCCGUCUACAUGACAUUUUGGGGCGGAGGGCCGACCAACCAUUGGAACUAUUUCAGCUGGAUCGGCACGGCCGUGACGAUCGCAGAGUCUCUUGGGAUUCAUCGGUCGAUGGCCAAUGCUGAUAUGGAUGUUUCUGACAGGAGUCUAUUGAAGAGGCUAUGGUGGACUCUCGUCAACAGGGACGCUCACUGCCAAAGCCUGGUUGGGCGCCCGUUUCGGAUCAACCAAGAACAGGUCGACAUAGAGCCCUUGGUGCCAGAGGAUUUCGAGGAAGAUAUGCGGAGCGCCGAGUUCAAAUCGCAUCCAUUACGAACCGCGUUCGGUCUCUACCAAAUCCACAUGUCACGGUUAUCGCUCAUCGUCAAAGAUAUCGUGAACACUCGAUUUAGACCCGGUAGACUGCAGUCGAGAGCUGCCGUUCUGUACGACAAACUGCUGCGCUGGCGCCAUGAGUUGCCUGAGGAGCUGCAGUGGGUGGAUGGUGAUGCAAACCUAGACGUCUUUGUGUUAUGCCUCUGCACAUCUUACAACCACCAUUUGAUACUCCUCCACCAAGACCAACCGCCCAUGGGUGGUUUGGCGUCUACUACCCAAGAAAAUCCCUUAUUGAAAAGGUCGAUUCCUUCGCCCGAGAUCGCAGCCAGGAAUAUUACUUGCCUCGUGUACACGAUAUACGCCAAGUCGAGCCCUCUAUGUAUCCCACAUGAAACAUUCCAAGGCGUGUUCCUGGCGGAGGCAGUAAUGUUUACACAGAUGAAGGCUUCUGAGCUGAUGACCGCGCAGCAUGGGAGAGCGGCAUUAUCCGCUUGUCAGAUGCUGUGGCAUACAGUCUUGGAAACCUGGGACGCUUCACCUUGGAUCCUCCGUCUGUUCGACCAUCUGGUCGGGCGUCUCGGCCUUCCAAGCGACAGGCAGAACGACCCUAGCUGGGUAGCGACGGGUGAGUCUUCCACAGGUGCUCUGCACGCCGACGAGUUUGUGGAUGACUUCGGGAAUACUCUCCCAACCCUGUCCACCUUUCUCGACAUGACGCAAGACGGAGGCGCGUUGUCGAAUUUUGUAGAUUUUCCCAUCUUUUCAGGUUCUUUGGGCUUGACAGAUCCAAGUCUAGGAAUGCAAUAG